AUGCAUCUUGGACAGCACAGGCCGCCGGAUCUUGAUGUGCCCGCCCAGAUGUUGCUGGAGUCAAAUCUGAAGCACACAAGGGUUUUGUCAUGGUCGCGGAAUGCUGCUCUGAGGUUAAGCGAGUUUCACAGAACCGCCGCUCAGGCCGGCCGGCAUCAGACGAAGGCACCAGCCAAGGGAACCAACGCACACACCAUCGAGAACGCCGAAAGCGAUGGAACGAAACAAGUGCAGACAUUGAAGCUCAUCAUCCUUGAUCACGUGAUCUGA